AUGACACCCAAGGAGCCACCGACCAGGAGCGACUACUUCCGCGACCAGUGGCGGGCCUGGCGAGUCCUGGGCGCCCUGCAGCUCAAUGCCCGGAGGUACUGGAGUGGAGCCAUGCUCCUCAACAUUGUCGUGGCCCUGUACGCGCCGGCCCUGCUGCUGUCCAUGUUCAGCUUCGAGACGCCGCUGGAGAACAUCACGAACUUCAGUCUGUCCAUCACCUCGACGGCCACGGUCCUGAAGUUCGGCCUGUACGUCCUGCAGCUGGGCAGGGUCGGGGACCUGGAGAAGGUGAUCGCCAGGCUGGACGACCGGGUGGAGGGGGCGGAGCAGCUGCGGUGCCAUCGUCAGAUGGCCAAGAAGCUGCGGCACCUGUCCAACCUGUUCCUCUACACCUACGGCUUCGUGCUCCUGAACUCGGAGUUCUCGUUCCUGUUCAGGAGCGGGCGGAGCUUGCCGUUCCCCUCGUGGUUCCCCUUCGACUGGAAGACCUCGACGGUCAACUACAUCGGGGCCCUGGGCUUUCAGCUGGUCGCGAUUUUCGGUCAGAUACUGCAGAACUUCGUGGACGACUCGUUUCCGCCGCUGGCCCUGUGCCUAUGUGCGGGGCACUGCCAGCUGCUGAUCCUGCGCAUCUCCAGCAUUGGCCACGCCCCCAGCGAGCAGGAGGCCAACGAGGCAGAGCUCGUCGAAUGCAUCAAGGACCAGAAGGAGCUGUAUGGCUUAUUGGAGCUCACCAGAGACGUCAUCUCGUGGCCGAUGCUUAUUCAGUUCUUCGUGAUGGCCCUCAACAUUGGGGCCACCAUGUUCGGGCUGGUCUUCUUCGCGGACACCAUGCAGGACCGCAUGUACUUCGUCUCGUACCUGCUGGCCCUCGUCCUGCAGACAUAUCCCGUCUGCUACUACGGCAGCCUCCUGGAAGACGGCUUCGGGCACCUCCACUACGCCGUCUUCGGCAGCAACUGGGUGAGCCAGAGCCGCAGCUACCGGGCCAGCAUGACGAUCCUCGGCGAGCGAACCAAGCGGCAUCCGCGCCUGCUGGCGGGCAGCCUGGUGCCCAUCCACCUGAGCACCUUCCAGGGGACCUGCAAGGCGGCCUACUCCUUCUUCACGCUGAUCGGCAACACGCGCGAAAGGGCCGGCCCGGAUCCCAGUCAGAACUAGUCGC